AUGUCUGUGAUAAGUAAAUUAAUUUGAAUCCACUCAGCAGUUUUGCCUUAAGGUGACAACGAUCAAGCGGGUGAUAAGAUAUCCCCCUGUGAAUAUUCCAUUGGUGACCAAGUCUACGUUGGAAAGCAUUCAGAUCGUAUUGGAGUCGUUGCCUUCAUAGGGACCACACAAUUUGCACCUGGGGAAUGGAUAGGUAAGAACCAGGGUCGGGUAAAUACUUUUACAUUUGCAUCCUUACAUAUAAACCUGGCUCAGACACAGGUUAACAUGACAUCUUGUAGAUAGAGACGAGAAUACCAGACGACGUUUUCGGCCGUCAAGGGGCCGGUUACAAUGGCUCCCAAGCUGCUGCGGUCACGGGCUGGUGCGAAUAGCCUCACUUUAGCAUACCAGUUUGCGCACAACGUCACACGGGCGGAAUCGCGGACAUCUUGGGUCGAGUAUGCCGCCAAAUGUCUGGGGUUACGAACUGUAGAAAUGCUCCCGAAGGGAGAGGCCCUGUUUAGUCGCGUAAACUGCGCCUGCACGCAUAGGCGCGCCCGCAACGACACAGCUAACUUACUGGGGAGGAACUGCAGGUUGAGCCAGUCAGUCUGCUUACUGCUACUCAUCCCUGGAUUGUCCCGCAUUGACCAAAUUGUAACUCCAACUAUGCUAUUAGGGUGUUUUGACCCAUUUUUACCGGCAAAUGACCUCGGGGAUUUCCCACUCAAAUUAAAACUCUGGGAAGACUGUGCGACUGAAACACCGUAAUGCAAAAACGUUGACCCGACUCUUCUAGCAAGCACGUUUCCUCAUCCAUUUAUAAUCAAUCUCCCAUCUCUUUUCGACGACCACAACGACCAUGUAUAUGAAUAGACUACAUUGCGAUAAUGCUAAUUAAUCAAACAAGCUACUUUAAGAUACGCAUUGAUUGUCCAUAAACCGUUGGCUGCUAUUCAUCAGCUCACAUGCAGUAUCACGCUGGUCCCAGCCAAAGUACUCCAGUUGGCGUUUACGACUUCAUACAUUUGAGGGCGCCCUGAUGUGUGCACGUACCGAAAUUAAUCCCAGUUCGUGUCCUAGACAAGUUCAGGAGUUCUGCGCUAAUGACGGGUUUUGUCUAUUUACUCUUCUCAGAGCACGUAACUACCUUUGCGACCUUAAACAGAGUAUAGGUGCGUGUAUUACAAGACUUCAGUUAUUUUAAAAACCCCGUAAAUACCUCAAGUUACAAGGGCUUGUUAGAUGUGACUAGUUCGCGCAUAUCAUUUCUUACGAUUUGUUGCCCCACUUGCUGUUUUUACUUCCCGCAGUAAAGCUAUUUGACCGAAUUAUACAUCAUCCAAAAGCCGACCGUGUUAUCGGGGCCUUCUGCCGAAUAUGUAUCCUGUCAUGCAUUUUUAAAAAUUUUGCUCCCUUGUCAGAAUGUUGUAUCCAUCGCUUACAUGAAGGUCGUACUGUAAUUUAUUAUGGCUGAUGCAGCGGACAGGGUUCAGUCCAACUGCUGUUUACUUCCAUCAAAGAGUGCUGUCAAGAAAGAGAGAGAGAGAGAGAGAGAGAGAGUGGGGGUGGAAACACUGGAGUGAAAAUUCCAGGUUCAUUUUAUUGUUUUUUGCGCCCGUAUCUCAGCCUUAUUUCAAAAUAACCUGUUUUUUUAAUCUUGGUGUAACAAGUCGGAUGCUGCACUGUUAAGCCGCCGGCUCGCGUCCUGUUUAUUGUGCACGAGGAUGGUAAAAGUCGAUUUGAAGUGCCGCUCACUAACACGAUUCUGUUUUUCCACGGAACUUUAGCCUAGAGUCCAAUUAGGCUUAGCGACGAAAGCGGGUUAUUUUAAAUGGUAUUCUCGAUAUGAAGUCGAGGCAUUGCUUUUUGACUACAAUAAAUAAACUGUGAAUAAAGGUCCUCAUAGUGCAAUCGUGUUAGACGGUACCACUGCUCGAUAUAAUCACCAUAAGAAACCGUAAGCCUCGCUACUUGCGGCGUUAGCGUAGUGAUCGGUAAGACUUAACCCAAUCGAAAGUUCAAUGAUGUUAGAACCAGACAAGACACCUGCAAGAAUCAACCUAGUACCUUAAUUAAAUAAAUUGGACAGUAAUAUAACAUCCAACCAAGCGCUUGCCAUAAUGCUCGGCGGCUGUGAGAUGUUGCUAAAAUUAAAGAUCUGAAUCUGCUAAACUCUCUUAAACCCUGAUCAAGCUAGCAGCUUUGGUCAGUAAAUUUCAUAAUUUCAUUAUGCAUCCGCUAUGUGGUGUGGGAAGAGCACACUGUUUUCAAGCUUCAUCCCUGACCAGGAGAGCGCACCCCUCUGGAUUGAUGGCUGUCAACUUAAAGAUGUAGGCAGUUUUAAAUACCUCGCGGCGAGGCUGCUGUAUAAUGGACAGAGGAAGGACGACAUUGUCUCCCGACUCGAUGCUGUCCGCUGGGUUUUCUCAAGCCUUCGAAAAGGCCAAUGGAUCCGACGUGACCUCCCCAUCGCCAUUCAGAUUCGCAUGUACCGUGCAUCUGUCCGGUCUGUCCUUCUCUACAGUUGUGAAUGCUGGGCACUGCGCGUGGAGGACGUGCGAAAACUGGAAGUAUUUGACCACCACUGCUUGGGGACCAUCCUUCGAGUGAAGUUAACCGACUUCGUCUCAAAUUAGACAGUUCGCGCUCGCUGCGACAACAUCGCAAGGAUAACUCAGAUCAUCCAAGAAAGACGACUCAGGUAGUUCGGGUAUGUACUUCGUCGUUCACCUCAGGAGCUCAGUGUUACUGCCCUCGAUUCGGCACCAUUGCCCCAUUGGAGGUGACCAAGAGGGGGUCAGUUCAAAUCCUGGUUCGACACAGUUCGUCAAGACAUGGAGGUGGUUCUUGGACCUUCGGUAUUCGGUCCACGUCGUUGGCGAAGGGAAUGGGUUGAGCUGUCCAGAUUUGCCCACGGAUCGUCACGCGUGGAGAGGUACAGUUCGGGACAUCAUCGAGGCCGGCUAGAUCAGGCAUGAUCGCAGUCGUAUCAAGUGCAAGUACAAGCAAUGUCUGGGUUCGCCUGGGUCCGUGAAAUGAUUGGUCAUAUAUUCUGUCAACGUUAGUAGGGUUCAAAAAGCACUUCUGUAAUUUCGGUAGUUAACCGUCUUUCCUGAAGUAUAACUUCGACAGGGUUUCUAGAUAUGAUUGACUUUUGAGAAACUGUGUUUACUUUGGUCUAGGAGACCUUUUCAAAGGAGACUUAUACCGUGAUGGGGAGUUCUCCAGCGGUGUAUAACUUGUUGGACAAACGGAACCAGGUCCAGGGAUUUUUCAUCGGAAACUGUGGUGUAUUAAUAAAAGACACUCCCACGCAGCACGAAUUGCUAACUCGCUAGCUUAUUACGUUUAGCACUUGAAUAAUUAACCGUAUAGACACUUCAUCUUCUCAUGAUACCACGAUCUGGCUUUAAGAUUUCAAAUUUAGUUUAAAUUGUUUUGGUUAAAGCCAUUAGUAGUUUAGCAGAUUCUAGAGCCUGCAGGAUGUUGCCAAUGGUUACGAAGAUUCCUGGACCACGACACACACGAAGUCAGCUUAUGGGUGUGAUUUUCACACCUCCUAUUCCAACGAAUUAUUCCUGUCAGUUAUAAGACGUCAUUCUCCACUAAAAUUAUAUAAGAGAAACAUGUGGAGUUUUAAAGACGUACUGAAUGACCGAGCAAUUUCCGUUGUACCAGACACCAACAACAACUCGGUGGCACCUGUCUCGCUCUUCAGCUAAUACUUGGAAAAUCAUCAUUUGAUGUGAUAACUGUUUUCUGGACGGAGUCAGACUACAAUGGCUCCAUCUUUGUGAGACCUUUAUGGCGCUCCCACUUACGUCGGAUCCAGGACCCCUCUCUUAGCAUAUUGACAUGCGUGAAGUUAAGAACUAAGGCCGUGUCAGCCACUGCUCCCACGUCCAUCUCCGUUCGUCUUGACUUUGUUAUGCCGUCACAAGACGGUAGGCAGUGUGAAAAGGGCGCGCGGGGUAGAUGCAGUGUUGGUUGGAUUUUAGUGAGGGAGACUUUAGAAACAUCGACCUUACUCCUUCUCCAUACCCAUUCGGUCUUGUUUUGGUGGCGAGGCUAUCUCAAGACAACGUGGGGAUGCGAUGGGGCUCCAUAGCUGGCUCAACAAAAGUGUGUCCACUCGGACCAGAACGGCACUGUCCUGACUACAUUGCGGACAUGGCUUCUGGUUGAGAGGCACUCCGGCAAACUACUGCGUAUUCGAUAAAUGCGUGCUUUAGGGAAACACCUUAUACUUGUUGAUUCAGCCUGUUUCGUCCAUUCCCUCAAUUUGUCUUUUUUUCCUCGCAGGCGUUCGUCUAAAUGCCCCUAAUGGUAAAAACGAUGGGACGGUAGAUGGGAUCAGGUAUUUUGACUGCGAACCUCAAUGCGGUCUGUUUACGCGUCGUAAUCUUUUACGACCGAUAGCAGAGUUGGUCAUGCAACAAUCUGUCACAAGUCCAGUAAGUCAUCUUGCAUUGCGUGACUACUUGUGUCCUUGAAUCUUCUUCCUAUGCCUUGUAAACACCUGUCUUAUGCGUCCAACGUUUGCUUCUCAUGAUGCAUUUCUAGUAAACUAUUUGCCUUCGUAAUGUCUCCAGGGGUUCUCUCCCACUACUCCGGGCGCAGUAAGUGGUUCCGGUCAGCGGCGGCCGAGUGAGAACGUGGAGCUGCCAAACAUUCCACAAGGUCUGCGUUUGGGAGAUCGUGUGCAGGUAUCAGGAGGGCGCUUGGGUGUCAUCCGUUAUAUUGGACCUACUGACUUUGCCAGUGGCGAAUGGGUGGGCGUUGAACUGGAUGAAGCCUCAGGCAAAAAUGAUGGCUCUGUUUCCGGCAGAAGGUAACAUUGUCUGUAGAAUUGACUAGAACGUUUAUGGUGUCAGCUCUUGAGGGUUGCCACAUGUCCCUACUUAAAUUUUUUCGAUAGGUACUUCUCCUGUAAACCCAAUCAUGGUCUCUUUUCCGCGCCCACGAAAAUAACUCCACUUAAUGGAAAGCCAUCGGGUCGGCUUCUCCGAUCGUCCGCAGGCCGCAUGUAAGUAAACAUAUUUCCCAAUUUUGUGCCUUAAAACGCCACUCAGUACAUUCACACACUUCCGUCGCUAAUCACAAGCACUAGUCAUUAUAUCCGUCUUUGCGCGCUCUUUUUUUAGGGGAAGCCGUGAGUCCUUACUGUCUGCCAGUUCCAACUUCAGUUCUGUUUCUCGACCACACUUGCGUCCAGCAGCCGCGGUGAGUUUUCAGACUAAAUUCUUUACUUCUGGUGGCGAACUUUCCCUCAUGGUGUUUUGCCCAUUUUAUGCUUUUCUGCCUCUGAGCAUAGGACAUCAUGAUGGAAAGUGGCGAUAAAGUUCCUCAUUUCCGCAUUUCCCGCCACCAUUCUCCAACCUCUGGGCUUAUCAUUUUCGUCUAAUCUUGAUGGCUAUUUCUUUUUGUUUCUCCUUGCACUUAUCCUCCGCCGUCUUCUAAUUGUUUGUUGUCUAGCAACAGAGGAAACUCAACGCCACCCCAGGUACUCGUUCCUAUGGAGGAGCUAGUGUUCAAGCUUUGGAGGUAGGUUUUGCAGAUACUAGUAUCCGUUCGUUAGCAUUUUAUGUCCCGCAAAGUGGCGAUAGUUUGCAUGCAUUUUAUUUAUUCUCGUUAUGCUUUGUCUGGGGCUCAUUUGAAAUCCGACCAAGAAGUUUAUAACAAGCACUCGCUGGUUUCUUAUUUGACGUUUGUUCGACGAAUACACCCAGCUAUGUUACGACUUAUUAUUAAGCACUGAGAGCGCGAGCAUAAGGUCUGCAUUUAUCUGUCUGUCCAGUUAUUGCCUCAUGGUAUAAAACCUUUUUGCUGAGAUCCAACCCCGCAACCAGUUGAGAUAGCAUGGUGGUAAUGUCUUUUGUCUACUGAGGAGGCGACAGUUACAUAUUACAUCAGUGGUUUCAUGGGCAUUACCGCACAGGUUUCUGCAGUCGUUCUCUUGAGGACCUUUUUAAUUCUCACAUAUACUCAUCCGAACGGGCACGUUGGUAGGUGGCGGAUGGUAACCAUUUCUAUCAUACUGAGUUAUCGUCCCUUCUAUCAGCAAGUAGUGGUUACCUGCCUUUUUGUCUGUUAUUGCCACGGACGCCCUCUUCUCCGGGCACGUAAGGGUUCAGAAGGAGGAGGAACACCUCCCGCGUCACUUUUCUAAUCUGAAGCAAUUGCGUGUUGCCACUGAUCAUUUUAUUCCUGCACGCGACUGUGUUGAAGUGUUUUUCGGUAUCGCUGAUGACAUUGACGCUUUUGUUCUUACGUGUUUACUUGGGCCUUUAUUUUGAGUCCGUCAGAAUGAAUCUUGCUGCGGCAUCUGACAAAAUAUUGGCCAAUUUUGGAAAGACAACGAUUACCGUAUCACAUUCAAUCAUUCUCAAAUACGUCCGGUAUUUUGACGGCCUUUCGAGACUUCCAGGCCAGCGAGGGAUUGUACUGGGUGUCAUUUGACUCCGAAAAUCCGUGAAGACGGGAGUAGUGUCAACUGCCACACAUUUUGUUUUUAAAGUCUAUCGUCCUGUCGGUUUUGUGCAUCUUGGUCCUUCAGGCAGAACAUUCGCACCUCAUUUUGGUAGUUCUGUUCACCGGCGUAUGCAGUACAUCCAUUUUAUCAGUCUCUUCAGUGAUAUUUUUAAAUCUCUAUUCGUGUUAAUCAUCCUGCCUCUCCCCUCCUUCGAUAUGCCCUCUCACUAAGCCAUAAAUGUUAGUUUGCACUUACUCUCGACCAUCUAUCGCGCCACAGCUCCUACUGCAGACCUAAAAGGGAUGGAAUGUCUGGGCCAGUUAAAAAUAAACAGAUCUCGUGAUGUGUACACAUGAAAAAUGAAAAAAAGAGCUGCUUCGACGACACUAAACUAUGCAGAGAGCUGCAAAUAACAUGCAUUUAUUCCUUCAGACUGUUGGUCGAAUUUAAAGCACCUGUGCAAAACAAGCGGUUUUUCGUCAACCACAUAGGUAUUCUUUUUUGCGAAAGAACGUCCACAACACAAUUAACUGACUUUGCUUUUUCUGGAGACCUACCUCCUCAUGCCAUUCUUAGAUGCUGCAUUAUUUUUAACAAGAACCUAGUGCGGGAGAAGGAGGCUCACAUCGAACAGCUGCUGCAGGAGUUUGAAAUGGAACGGGCAGAAAUGGCAAAGAUUACCGUCGAGCGCGAGCAGGUAAGUAUCAGAGCAUGCAGUUUUGAUGACAGCGCAACUGUCUGCAUGUAAAUAGGCAGUAAUCCACCACAGAACAAACUCCAUCAGCACUUUAUUCCCUACGGGUUCAUGCAUCAUACGCAAACCCGUCACACCUUACCCACAGCGAGCACGGAACAUGCACUUCUCACGCAAAUAGGACCCGUGUCCUUCGGCUCCUUCUCCAUGUGACCUCUAUGCUACGCUAGCGCGUGCGAGAUCUAAGCAGCCCACCCCUCGCUGUGCGAAAACCUGGUUUGUUGUGUUCCUGUGUGUGGCAUGCGCAGACGGGCUGUUUUAACUCUGUCAGUCGCUGACCAAUAUCAGCAUCAGUUGAUAGAGCGUCUUGGACAGGCGGCCGGUGCACGGGGUGGGGAAGAGAGAGAAUAAGACUGACUCAGAGGACUCGGUACCCACGACAUUCAGCGCAUUUUCUUCGCCAUAAAAAAUUGGCGUUCUUUCUAACCAUCACUAUACGCUAAAAGGUGUGACUUGGAAGACUGCCAAUUGGCGAGAUAAGUUGGCCCUCGUUUUAGGAUGGGGGACCAAGGUGCAAUGUCCCCUUUCUUUGAAGUCGCGAUCCUAACCGCCUACCCCUCUGCUGUUGUGAUGAAAACCGGGUCUAUCGCGCGCAGACCAGGCGUGUGUGUGGCACGCGUAGAAGGACUGUUUGACUCCGCCAGCUGCUGCUCCCCAUCCCGCUUCCAGCCUUCCUGACUGUCAUGUCACCGGACUCGGGUGGGUAUGGAAGCAGAAAGUGCGAUAGAUCCAGCGCAAAUCAACUAGCACUAUAAAUCAAAUUAGUCGCAAGUCACCGUCCCUGCGCCGUCAUGCUGUGGGGCAGACGUGGACGCCGUCCGUACUGACGGUCGAAUUGUUAUGUCUCUUGGUAGCAAAAGUUGCGGGUGCUGUAUUUUCUGCUGUAGUCGUAGUGGGGCUUGCUAUACAUGCCCAACGAAAUGCAUUUGCGCUGGCAGUAGCACUAGUAGUCGUGAUGUCAGUAUUAGCACUGGUAGAUAUGCUGACGUUUACCGCAGCGGCAGUAUUUGUGUCUCUUCCCUUAGUGAUCAUAGUAGGUGCACCUUCGACUGUCGAAAGCGAGAAGACCAACUAUCUCCCCGCACGAGUUACGCGCGGUGGUCGCUUGCUCGGAAAUUCGUUUAUAGUGAGGGCGACUUUCGAUGCGUCUACCUCACACACUAUUUUCACAACCACCGCUUUUUGAUUACAGGGCAUAGUCCUGACGACCGGAUGUAGGCGUAGAUAUAAUGGCCGACAAAUCUAAAGGGCCGAUCUAAACGCCUAGCACACCACACGGCCCCUAGGACGACAACCACCCUGAGUCAUUAGGGGUAUCUGAGAUUGCAUGUGGGCGAGAGUGACAAAAGACCACACUGAGAAGGAGCCACUGCAAUCUUAUCCACAGACCUGAGUAUGACCGAGUUAUCAUUUCAGCUAGCGGUCUUAUAAACCACGGCUGUUGAUGCCUUUUGAUUGUUUCGGGCGUGCCUAGUUUCUUUUUACUGGGAGAACACUGGACGCUGGAUCGUUUUCACUCGCUCUUCUUUUUUAAACUCACCAGUGGUUCGUUCAUGUCAAGCUGAGUGAAAAUGAGAUUGAGCGCAGUGGCUGGCAUGACGUGGUGUCUCCUUACAACGCGUGACAGACAGGCAUUCCGAUCCUGCAUGUGUUAAAGGGUACCAUAAAGGUCACCUAAGGAAGUUGCCAUUGCGGCAUGACCACCUUGCCUCAUCAUCCCCCAACCCACAAAUCGCGGCCUAUAACGCGUCGUAAUUGUUUCAAGUGCGUAAGAUUCAUAAUCGUCGGGGAAUGUGCUAGAUUUCCAGUAUUGAUUUCACUCCCUAUUCGAUGUCUCGUGCGCCCCGUGUCCCGUCCGAACAUUUCGGCCGAUCGGUAAGGACCGCAGACGGAGUGACGGACUUGGCUGAGCGUCUCCGCGUCUAACUUUCCGCGCGCGUGCGCAGUCAUGCCUAACGUUUCAUGGGGCACUACGUACAUUGGGAAGCAUCACUGGUGUGUGAAGAAUGGAUGGUGGUGAUGUGAGCGGAAAGGUUCAUGCAGUGAUUGUGUGUGAAAAGUAUGAGCAAGGGGGAUGCGUGAUGUUUCAGUGAUCUUUGUUGUGCGCUUGUGCAUAUGACUGAGUAGGUCAGUGUGGUGAUUAGAAGUGUCGACACACAUGCUUGUGUCCUUUGGGCGUUGGCUGGCGCACCUGACACUGGUUUAGUAAUCGUGCUGAGGUGGCUCGGCAAGUGUCCACCCAGGCCGAUGAGUGAGUGGGAUGUGCGAGCACCGUGGAAAGAAGUUAGCACUGUGUCUACACUUUUGGCGAUUGCCAUCCGUGUCUUGUGAUGUUCCCACUUUGCUGACUACGCAGGUGUUCGACAAGAGCGGACGGAGACGGGGAAGCCGUGUGAGAGUGUUUUCUUCGGUAAUGGUGUUUGUUGUGCAGGGGAGGGGUGCGUUGGCCGUGUUGACAUCGUGCCGAAUCUGGAGGUGUCCAUAGAGACCAAAUUGGAUUUAGAGCAGCCAUUGACGCUGUCGUUUUGGCCUCCUCUGCUUGGUUCUCCAGUUUCUCUAUUAGACAUGCCUGUCAGUCCUCUAGAGUUGUUUCGCAUGUCUUCUGGUUAAUUUGGAGGAAGUUGGGGAGAGAUAUCCUUGUGUUGCUGAUGCGUCGUGCUCGUCCACUUUGCCCUGUCCAUAACGGGAUGGGCGGCCUUUGUGACAUAAACGACGGUGGUGUUGAUUUUAACUUCUUAGCAUACUUCCAGCAUUUGCCUGGUUGCGAAGAUCAUGUAGGUGGUUCCGUUUUUUGUAAUGCAUAUCGACUCUGGGAAGAAGUCAUUGCUGCAGGCAAUGGAGCAGUACUCGGGCGAGGGUCUUCUCCGUGGCGGUGGAAGGUCGACGGAAAAUUGUCGCAGGUCUGCUGGCUUACUUUACAGUUAUGUAAAAAAAUAAUGCUUAUCAUAAUGACAUCUUGUAUGAUGUCUACUUGUUGUUCUGUCUGGGACGAUUUGGUAAACUUGUUCGCGUCUUAGUGGCAUUAGUGGUACGAGUAGCGUCAGUAUAAUAAUUAUUACUAUUAUUGCUAUUACUAGUAGUUCAAGUCUUGGUGUAAUUUAUAAGUCUGGCAAUAGUGCGCUUGGAUGUACUAGUCAUCAGGCAAUGUAGGAAAUGGCUUUAUGUUUUCCUCGGAAGUAUAAUGCUUGCUUUUUCUCUUUUUUAAUGUCAUCAGGUUGAAACCGAAGUUGUUAAUCAGCGUUCGCUGAUUAGUCAGCUAACAGCACAAAUCGAACAACUCCAGAUGACUGUGAAUCAAAUGUCCGAGGAGAACAACAAACUGAAGCUGCGCGUUCACGAAGAAGUCAAGUAA